AGUUGCACUUAAUUGUUUGAUUAAUGGUUCAAUCGAAAUGUACACAUCUGCCGGGAGAGGCGAAUGCACCAUGUGUUAGUGUGAUAAGGGAGAGCGAGAGAGAAUGCCUUUCACACUCUCACCCCUCUGGUUCAAAAAUUAAGGCAGAGAGAGAAUUGAGAGCAGAAGAAGUGGAAGAUGCUUCAGCCAGCAGAUCCAUGCCCACUCUCUCAUUCACUUGUGACAUUCUGAACAGAACUGACGUGCAUCCUUCCCACCAGCUUGUCCAAUCGCCUGGUCGUUCGUCUGGCGCCAAUUCGUGAUUUUCGCUUAGUCGGUUUUUUUUUUCAAAAAUCCAGAAAGUGUUGCAAGUGAAACUUUUUUGUCAGCAAUUGUAGAGUGUUCAGUUUUUUUUAAUUCAUAAAAUAAAAUCAAUUGAAUAAUUGGCACAAUUUGCCUGAUGUGAAUAGUUAAUUCAUUUUAUAUUUUUUGAUCUUGCUCUUUCACUGUGUCCAUAGAGAGGAAGAAAUCUCAAUUGUCUGGCUGUUGUGCAGCUCGAAUUUCAAUGGACUCAUCAUUCUCUUCUCAGACCAAUAAUUAAGGUCUUUUUUAUGUAGUGCUUUUUUUUCGAAGUUGCCAGUGUUAUUUGGCAGGAAAACCACAAAAUAUUUCCACAGCGAUGACUUUUAUGUGAUUCUUCAGUGUCUCAUUUUCUGUGAGACAAACACGGGAUAUUGGUCUUCUUUGAAAUUCUGUGUUCUCCUCGUAAUUGGAUAUUUCUGCCCAUAAUACCGGAGCAAAAAAAACGUGCCAGUGUUUGUGCCAAUUUUGCCAAAUUGAGGCUUCACUUCAAUCUCCAAGCCAGCAAAAGUAAAUCAAGAAGAUGGCAGAAGAAAGUCUUCAGCUUCCUCCAGAGCACAACCUUGACUACCACAUCGUAUCUCUGUUCGAACGCCUGGAAAAUCUCAGGAAGGAACAGAAUCAGGGAGCAGUGGUUGUUGUUGGAGGACGUGUCUCUCGGCCCAGCAUGCAAGCUGAGAUCCGAACUUUGGAGUUCUGGAGGUCCAUUAUCUCUGAGUGUAUCGCCUCAUUUUUCUACGUGUUCAUUGUAUGUGGAGCAGCAGCGGGAGCUGGGGUUGGGGCUAGUGUCUCCAGUGUCCUCUUGGCAACGGCUCUAGCAUCCGGAUUUGCCGUUGCAACACUCACUCAGUGCUUUUCCCACAUAUCAGGAGCUCAUAUAAAUCCUGCAGUCACUCUGGCACUUUCAGUGGUUAGAAUGAUAUCACCACUCAGGGCAGCUAUGUACAUCACAGCACAAUGUGGGGGCGGAAUUGCUGGAGCAGCUCUACUAUACGGAGUGACUGUUCCGGGAUACCAAGGGAAUCUGCAAUCAGCCAUCUCUCACAGUGCAGCCCUGGCAGCUUGGGAACGCUUCGGAGUAGAGUUUAUCCUCACAUUUGUCGUUGUCUUGGCGUACUUUGUCUCAACGGAGUCCUACAGGAGAUUUCUAGGAGCAUCCUCGCUGACCAUUGGGGCUGCCUAUAGUGCAUGCAGCUUCGUUUCCAUGCCUUAUUUGAAUCCCGCCCGAUCAUUGGGACCAUCGUUCGUGCUCAACAAGUGGGAUAACCACUGGGUUUAUUGGAUGGGACCCAUGGUUGGUGGAGUUGUGUGUGGUCUUCUCUAUGAAUACAUCUUCAGUCCUAAGCGGUACCAGAAGCGGACUAAAGACAGUGGGGACAAUGACUCAUCAUCACUUCAAUCGGAAGAUGAAAUGGAUUAUCAUGUAGACAUGGAGAAACCGACACUACCCCUGCCAAAAUUUCAUGGGGCGACCUACAAUACCUAUAGAUCUGCUGGUGGAGUUGCCGCUGGUGGAGCCUAUCCUCAGAAUCUCUACUCAACAGCUCCUCCAACCAAAGGAGAACCAAUUUACGGAGGAACUAGAUCCUUGUACUGCAAAUCUCCUCCUUUAACCCGUGCCAACCUAAAUCGCUCUCAGUCAGUCUAUGCUAAGAGCAAUACUGCCAUCAAUCGAGACUUGGGAGGGAUACCUCGACCAGGACCACUUGUUCCAGCUCAAAGUCUCUACCCGCUACGAGUGACUCAGACUCAAAGUAGUCAUUUGCAAAAUCAGAACGUUCAGAACCAGAUGCAGCAACGCUCAGAAAGUAUUUAUGGGAUCCGUACUGCUGUUCGCCAAAACGAAAACCAGACUUUUCAACCCAUCUAUGGAACCCGAACAGCUCCUGCACCGGGAGAUGGACUGAAAUACGAUCGAGAAUCCAGACGACCUGAAUCAGUAUAUGGAAUGACGGGAGCUAGAAAUCGAGGACAAUCAGCUCAGUCUGACGACAGCUCCUACGGUUCCUAUCAUGGAUCUUCGUUGACUCCUACGGGACGUGGGGGAACUUCACAGCAACCAAACGGUGACAUUCCGCUGAACACUUACUCUUGCACACGAGGACAACAACAGCAGAAUGACAGAAAGCCCACCAACAAUGGUCAACAGCAUCAGCCACAUCCACAACAUCAACAGCAGCAUCAACAGCAUCAACAACAUCAGCAACAGCAACCACAACAAUCAAGCAAUGUUUAUGGCUGUGGACAGAAGCAACAGCAGACCUGCGUAGCUCCGCCGCCGCCACCACCACUCCAGCAUCAGUAUCUUCACCCGAUCAGGCAGCAGAACUGAACCAGGCUGCAACGCACUGUAUUUAUCUCCAUUCAUUAGUCUCUCAAGAUACUUUCACCCUAGUGACAAUAAGACGUUUCAAAGUUACACAGUGGCGAACAGAGAGGUGAAAACGCAAAAAUAUUUGGAUUAUACGUUAUGAAUAACAAUGUUGAUAUUCAUGUUAUUGCUAAUGAAUACUAAGGAAGUUAUUUACAUCUACGUGACAAUAUAUACAACAAUUAUUUGUUUUGAUCCAA